GAUGACUCGGACGCCGAAUCUAGAUCAACGUCAACUAAGGACUCAUUGAAGACAGAAGCUUUAGAGGCAAGUUCCGCAACAGACGGCCAGCCGGAAGUCAAGAAGCAGAAGCAAUUGACGGUGGAAGAGCAGAAGGAACAUGAGGAGAGGAUCAAACGGUUCAUGGCCAAAGAGAAGGAGUACGAUGAGUUGCUCAAGCCGGAAUACCGCAAAUGGAGACCUAGAGGCUACAUGCUGAACCCACCACCUGCAGAUAGACCGGUUAGAAUAUAUGCGGAUGGUGUGUUCGAUCUGUUCCACUUGGGACAUAUGAGACAACUAGAGCAAUGUAAGAAGGCAUUUCCCAAUGUCGAAUUGGUUGUUGGUAUCCCAAACGACAAGGAAACUCACAAACGGAAGGGUCUUACUGUGUUGUCGGACAAACAGAGGUACGAGACAGUUAGACACUGCAGAUGGGUCGAUGAGGUUGUAGAGGAUGCCCCAUGGAUUCUAGACAUGAAGUUUCUGAAGGAACACAAAAUUGACUACUGUGCGCACGAUGACUUACCUUAUGUUGCUGAUGGAAUUGACGAUAUCUACAAGCCAAUGAAAGAAGCAGGAAUGUUCAUUGCCACGCAGAGAACAGAAGGUAUUUCAACCAGUGACAUAAUUACCAAGAUUAUCAGAGAUUAUGACAAGUAUUUGAUGCGUAAUUUUGCUCGUGGUGCAACGAGACAAGAGUUGAAUGUAUCGUGGCUGAAGAAGAACGAAUUGGACAUGAAGAAGCAUAUAAACGACUUCAAGACCUCUUGGAAACAGACAAAUGACAACAUCAGCCACGUAACGAAAGAUUUGUACGUCUUGGUCAGAGAAUCUUUGAUAAACAACGGAAACCUUAUCACCAAUGUUGGCAAAGAUGGCAAGUCUCCUGCUGAUAAAUUCGCUUCGAAGUUCAAUGCCAAUGGGUUGACAAGAUCGAAGGGGAAAAAGAGCUUAAUCAAUAAUUUGAUGGAUUGGGUGGGACUGCAGUCAGAGGUAGAAUCCACAGAUGAAACAGACUACUCUCCAGAUCCGACCCGCACU